ACAAAUAUCACAAGUUUGCUUUACAGGUAUCUGGAGGGUCACCAUUGACCCUGUUGAAGCUGGUGGUCCCUACACUGUGAUAGUAGCCACUGAGAAUAGCACAGCCACUCUGACUGAUGUGCUGUUUGGAGAUGUUUGGCUGUGUGGAGGGCAGAGCAACAUGUACUUUAAUAUGUCGCAGAUUUUCAAUGCAUCCGAGGAGCUGGCCAUUGCAGCAAAGUUCCCCCAUGUGAGAACUUUUAUGGCAGGAUUGAGACCGAGUAAAACGGAGCUCACUGAUUUGACUAAAGUGGAACUUCCCUGGGCCGUGCCUACAGAAGAAUCUGUGGCACCUUUCUCUGCAGUGUGCUGGCUCUUUGGUCGUUACAUGUACAAGUACCUGAAUUACCCAAUAGGACUGGUUGAGUCCUGUUGGGCAGGCACAACUGUUGAGGUCUGGUCAUCUUCAAGAGCACUGAAACAUUGUGGACUGGAGGAACCUGAAGAUGGUCCUAAAGGAAAUUCUUUGUUGUGGAAUGCAAUGAUUCAUCCACUGCUUAACAUGACCAUUAAAGGAGCCAUCUGGUACCAAGGUAAGACUACCUGCUCAGGCAGUAGAUGAUCAGUAGAGACACAUGUACGAUCCAUCUUAAAGGCCUUUUCUUAC